AUGGCCGACAUAAGGGGGACAGCGCCGCCGGCAAGAGCCUCGGGCUCGCCGCAGGCAUCAAAAAUCAGCACGACAUCGCUCAACAAAAGGAAGACAAAGACGUCGUCAAGGAGCUUUCUCGGAUAUGUUUUGAAUACGGUUGCUAGGAUCUUCACGUGGUACUCCAUAUUCGUCCUCCUUUUCCGGUGUCCGUCGAGUCUCGAGGAAUGCGACACCUCGUCACCCUGGCUCUGCAAGCCGUACUUCCAGAUCAAGCAGGCCGUCGCACCACACGUCCACAAGCAUUACGAUGCCUACGCCGCGCCAUAUGUCCAAGUGGUGAGGCCGUACUACGACACGGUUGACCGCACCGUCAUCGCCCCCGCGUGGAAGUACGCUGUGAAGUAUGGUGCGCCCCAGGUCGAGCAGGCGCAAGCGUUUGGCCAGGCACAGUGGACGUCGAACAUCCAGCCGCAGCUGGCCAAGGCUCAGAAUGCCGCGUUCCAGCAAUACAACCAGGUGCUGGGUCCGCACGUCGACAAGGCCGCCACGGCCGUUGCACCAUACUACGAGAUUGGCCGCAACAGCGCGCUCCAGACGCACCACGAAGUGAUCCUCCCCGCGUACGAGUUCCUCUCGCCAUACGCCCUUCAGGGCUACUCGGCCGCUUCGGCCUUCACGACGGGAACAGUUGUGCCUGUGGCCAUCUGGACGUAUGGUCAGGCUUCGGAGUUUAUCGACUCGACUGUCCUGCCCCAGCUUCGCAUUUUCUACGUCAACACGGUCGAGCCCCAGCUGCAGAAGAUCGGCCUUAACAUCGGCCAGUAUACGGAAAAGGUCACAUCGCAGCGGACCGCGUACACCAGUGGCGCAUCCUCCUCGUUCACGAAGCCAGCCCAGCCGACCACCUCGACUACCUCCAUCAAGGCGUCUUCGUCCACCACGACUACCUCGACCUCGACAGCCCACACUGAGCAGCCCGAGACCACCUCGAUUGCUACGGCUGCGGCCGCCAGCUCGACCGCCUCCGCGGCGCCUGCUCCCGCCGGCAUCACGGACGCGGCGAAGCUGAAGCGCCCGGAGCCGAUUGUGCAGGACCAGGCGGAGUCGGCGGAGGACGAGGUGCGGCGCCUUGCGCGCGAGACUGUGGCCGAAGAUCUGCACGCUUGGCAGGAAAAGUACGCCAAGGCGGCAGACGAGGGCGCGGCGGAGAUUGAGAAGAGCGUCGAGGAGAUUUCGAAGCGCAUGAUCCGGCGCAGCGCGCGCACGUCGGGCAAGGCCCUUGUGGACGGGCUGCAGAACACGGUCGUGACGAACUUGGUGCAGCUGCGGCGCGACAUUGUCAACAUUAUCGGCGCGGUAAAGCAGGAGACGACCACGCCGUCCGCGGCCGAGGAGCAGGUGCUCGUGGUGGUGCGGCGUGCCGGCGUCGAGAUUAAGGAGAAGGCGCAGGCCGUGCGCUCGUGGCGCGAGGAGUACGGCAAGGAGCUGCAGGACACAAUCAGCCGGGCGGCCGAGAACCACUUCCAGAUCCUCGGGUCAAUUAGGGACUUGGCGCUGCAGCGGAUCGGCAUGAAGUGGGCGUGGAUGGAGGGCAUCACGUACAAGGACUGGGCCAAGUACCACCAGCUCAAGGGCCGCUUUGAGGAGUGGGAGAACGACUUGGAGCAGCUGAUUGUGACACACCCCGGCCUCGAGGCGGCGACAAGCGCGGGCCAGGCGGUCGAGGACGAGGCGAUGGGCGUGGCGGCGUCGGCGGCCAAGGAGCUGGGGCGUCUGCGCCAGGUGGCCGAACUCAAGAUUGCCGAGCUCGACGACAGCGACGAGUUUGACGCGGACACGAUCAAGGCCAAUGUGGCGGCGGCCAAGGCGGCCAAGGAGGCCGAAGAAUCCGCAGAAGCCGCACGCCUGGCAAAGGAGGCUGAGGAGGCGGCUGCCGCCGAGGCUGCCGCACAGGCAACUCUGGAGGAGGAGGCGGCGGCCAGAUCAGAGGCUCUGGCAGCAGCAGCUGCGACCGCCGAGGUUGUUGGUGCCGAGCCGAUCACUGAGGCCACUGAGGCCACCGAGGAGGGACAGGCGGAGGGAAAGGAGGCGGCUGUGCCGCCCAAGAUUACAAACGAUGACGAAGCGGCCGAGUCCGUCCUGGCUGACGAGGCCGCCGAAGCCGAAGCCGAGGCCGAUACGGAAGCAGCCGACGCUGCCACAAUUGCGCCUGACGAGGUCCCCAUCAUUCUGGGCGACGCAAACGGAGUGGUCGACGACUCGCCAACCCAGGAGACGACUGAACUGGCCGAUGCCGAGUCUACGGCGGAUGCUAAAACAGUGCACCUGCCAGUGGACGAGGUGGACGAGGCUGUUGAGGCCGACGAGGCUGCCACUGCCGAGGAGACGACGGAUGCGCUAUAG